UCAACCACAUCCCUGCUUCCAUCUCUCCCUGUGUGAGUCCACAUGCUCCUCAAGUCAAAGUCAAUCACAUGUCUUAGAUUUUCAUCUUUGUUCCCUAUCUUUUCCUGCUUAUAUAAUAGCAACCCAAGAGUGCCAUGCCAUCAAAAGCAAGCUGAACAGGCAGUGGUUCAGAGAGAGAUGGUUGUUGCCGCCAUGUCUUCUUCGGCCGGUGAGGCUGCCAACUUGGUCCUGCAAGUGCUGCGCGGCCGGUGGUUCAUGAUUUUUGCGUCAUGCCUCAUGAUGUCUGCCGCCGGCGCCACUUACAUGUUCGGCAUCUACUCGCCGAGCAUCAAGUCGGCGCUCGGCUAUGACCAGCAGACUCUCAACACCCUGAGCUUCUUCAAGGACCUCGGCGCCAACGUCGGCGUCAUCUCCGGCCUCAUCGCCGAGGUCACUCCGCCGUGGUUCGUGCUGUUCCUCGGAGCUUCACUCAACUUCUGCGGCUACUUCAUGAUCUGGCUUGCCGUCACCAAACGCAUUGCCCAGCCCAAGUUGUGGCAGAUGUGCCUCUACAUAUGCAUCGGUGCCAAUUCCCAGACGUUCGUCAACACCGGAUCUCUGGUCACCUGUGUCAGGAGCUUCCCGGAGAGCCGAGGGAUCGUGCUCGGACUGCUCAAGGGCUUCACUGGUUUGAGUGGAGCCAUCUUCACCCAGCUUUAUUAUGCCAUCUAUGGGCAGAAUCCUGAGGGACUCAUUCUGCUCAUUGCUUGGCUUCCUUCUCUCAUCUCAUACGUCUUCCUUCCAUUCGUCCGAGUUUUGAGGAACAAGCAAGAGUUGAAAGCAUUUUACUCAAUCCUCUAUGUCACAAUCGCAUUGGCAGGUUACCUCAUGGUAGUCAUCAUCGUCCAACCGAGGGUCCACUUCACGGCCGCCGGUUACAAAACCAGUGCCGCCGUCGUCGUCACCUUGCUUCUUCUUCCCUUGGUCAUCAUCUUCCGUCAGGAGAUUCCCAAAUUGAAAAAGUCCCCAAUUCCUUCUUACAUACCCAGUGAGGCCAAAGAAGCAGAGAAGCAACAGGAAGCUCUGCCGGCUCCUCCUGCGUCGCCGUUGUCGCCACCUCCGGCGGCAAAUGGCAGUACUCCGGCAUCCACCGGGGCGGUCUCCUGCCUCAAGAAGAUGUUCAAGUCUCCCGACAGAGGGGAGGACUACACCAUCCUGCAGGCGCUAGUAAGCAUCGACAUGAUGGUUCUCUUCGUCGCAACCAUAUGUGGCAUAGGGGGCACCUUAACAGCCAUCGACAAUUUGGGCCAGAUCGGUCAGUCGCUCGGAUACCAAAAGCAGAGCAUCGGCACAUUCGUCUCUCUGAUCAGCAUUUGGAACUUCGCCGGUCGGGUUCUCGCCGGAUUCGUGUCGGAAAUUUUCCUGGCCAAGUACAAGUUCCCGCGUCCGCUGAUGCUCAGCUGUGUCCUGCUGUUAUCUUGUGCGGGACACCUGCUCAUCGCCUUCGCAAUCCCCGGAUCCCUAUACUUUGCCUCUAUAAUACUCGGCCUCUGUUUCGGGGCGCAAUGGCCGCUGCUCUUCGCCAUCAUCUCUGAGCUCUUUGGGCUCAAGUACUACUCCACCUUGUUCAACUUUGCAGCAGUGGCGUCCCCAAUAGGCUCCUAUAUUCUGAACGUGAGGGUGGCAGGCUACCUUUAUGACCAAGAAGGGCUGAAGCAGAGGGGCGGUUUGCCCACCCAUGGCGAGCUCACCUGCCUCGGCUCACACUGCUACCGGCUAUCCUUCAUCAUAAUUGCAGGAGCAACCUUUUUGGGCUUCUUGGUAUCUCUGAUUUUGGUUAUGAGGACCAGGAAGUUCUACAAAGGUGACAUCUAUGCCAAGUUCAGGCAGGCCAACAACAUGGAGAUGGCCGCACAAGAAGUGCCGGCCAGCGAGGUCACCGGUGGACAUGAUGCCCGGAACGGCUUGCCGGACUCGCGGAAGGGGUAGAUGUGUAAUCUUACACCAACAAAUUCUGAUGAAUCCGAUCGGUAGAGUACAAAAAUUUCUAGUCACAGCAAGAAGACAGAAGACGUUCACAUGUGUAACAAUAUGGGAAGGAAGAUUCUUGGGUAGUCCAAUACAGACACCAUGUAACAUACACAAGAUGAUGAAAUCAUUUACAUAUAAAAUAUAUGGUGAAACUGAUAAUUUAUUGA